AUGUCCAGUGUUCUCUGCCUGCUUCCCUCCUGCCACAGCUUGCGGAAUACGGAUUAUUGUUUCAAAUGCCAAGAAGGUCAGUUUCCAAACCACAAGAGAGAUCAAUGCAUUCCCAAGAGACAAAAUUUUCUUUCCUACGCAGAGCCUUUGGGAUUCGCACUAGCUGCCUUAGCUCUGCUCUUUGCUCUGGUCACAGCCUUGGUCCUUGGCGUCUUCUCUAAGAACGGGGACACUCCCAUUGUCAAAGCCAACAACCGGGACCUCACCUACACUCUGCUCCUUGCCCUGUUGCUCUGCUUCCUCUGCUCCUUGCUCUUCAUUGGCCAGCCUCACCCAGUGAGCUGCUCUUUACGACAAACGGCCUUUGGCAUCAUCUUCUCCAUUGCGGUGUCUUGUGUCUUGGCCAAAACCAUCACGGUGGUUCUGGCCUUCAUGGCCACCAAACCAGGAUCCAGGAUGAGGAAAUGGGUGGGGAAAUCUCUGGCCAACUCUCUUCUUCUGGCUUGCUGCUCCCUUCAGGCCACUAUUUGUGCUGUUUGGCUCUGUACGGCUCCUCCCUUCCCAGAUGUGGACAUGAGCUCCCUGGCGGAGGAAAUCAUCGUGGAAUGCAACGAAGGCUCUGCCACCAUGUUUUAUUGUGUCCUGGGGUACCUGGGAUUCCUGGCCAUUGUCAGCUUCACGGUCGCUUUCCUGGCCAGGAAGUUGCCAGACAGUUUCAACGAAGCCAAGUUCAUCACUUUCAGCAUGUUGGUGUUCUGCAGCGUUUGGCUGUCCUUUGUUCCCUCUUAUCUGAGCACCAAAGGAAAGCAGAUGGUGGCUGUGGAGAUCUUCUGCAUCUUGGCCUCCAGUGCAGGCUUGCUCGCUUGCAUCUUCUUCCCCAAAUUGUACAUAAUCCUUCUGAGGCCCGACUUGAACAGCAAAGACCACUUGAUGCGGAGGAGCAAAUAA